AUGCUGUCCGCCCGCGUUGCCCAGGCGAGCCUCCGUGCGUCCGCCCAGCAAUUCACCCGCAGAGCCGCUGUCAACGGCAUAAGAACCUAUGCCACGCCCGCCCAAGACUCGAAGCCGCCAGUUGCCCUGUUCGGUAUCGAUGGAACAUAUGCCAAUGCUUUGAGGGACGCCAAGCUCACCACGAUCUUGAACGCGCCCACUCUCUCCCAGGGCGACAAGGCUCAGAUCGUUGCCGAAUUGCAAAAGGUCGCCGGUGGAGCGGGCAAGGGCGAUGUUUUGAAGAACUUCUUGAACACGCUAGCGGAGAACAACCGUUUGGGGUUGUUGCAGGGUGUGUGUGAGAAGUUUGCGAUGUUGAUGAGUGCGUAUCGGGGAGAAAUUGAGUUGAUCAUUACCAGCGCUCAGAAACUCGACCAGAAGACUCUUCAGCGACUUGAGAAUGCCGUCGCCAAGUCCGAAUACAGCCAGGGCAAGAAGCUCAAGGUUGUAUCCAAGGUCAACCCUGAUGUCGUUGGCGGCCUUGUUGUGGAAAUUGGUGACCGAACCAUCGAUCUUAGCUUGUCCUCUAAAAUCGCUAAGCUUAACAAAGCUUUGACUGAUGCUGUGUAA